GUAUAAAUAAUUUAGAUUAAGAUAUGUUUGUAUAUAAUCCAAUCUGUCAGAAAAAGGACUGUGGAGGGGAAUUGUUAAUAUAUAAUAAUGAGAGACACCUUGCACGUGACUUAAGAGUAACUCAUUUGCUUUAAUGAUUAAGUGAGUAAGCAAUAUCAUUUUACUAUGACUAAGAAAAUAAUAUGCUUAUUUGAUGUGGAUGGCACACUUACAGAUCCCAGACAGGUAAUUAAGCCAUCUGUGGAAAAAUUUCUGCUGGGAACGGUAAAGAAAGAAUUUGACUUAGCUGUAGUUGGAGGAUCAGAUUUAAAUAAGAUCAAAGAACAAUUAGGUGGUAGAAGUAUAUUUGAAAAAUAUAAAUAUAUUUUUGCAGAAAAUGGUCUUAUUGCUUUCAGAGAUAGUAAACAAUUACCCACAGAAACAAUUCAAAGUGUUAUUGGUGAAGAGGCAUUGCAAGAUUUAAUCAAUUUUUGUUUAAAAUAUAUAUCAGAAUUACAUUUACCAUUCAAACGUGGAACAUUUGUAGAAUUUAGAACAGGAAUGCUCAACGUAUCUCCAGUAGGUCGUAAUUGUACACAAAAAGAACGUAUUCAGUUUUAUGAAUACGAUCUUGAGAAUCAAAUUCGUCAGAAAUUUAUUCAAGCUCUUAAGAAAGAAUUUCCAAACCUUGCUUUGACAUACAGUAUUGGAGGUCAAAUAUCUUUUGAUAUUUUUCCUAUUGGCUGGGACAAAACAUAUUGUCUUAGACACAUUCAGGGGUAUGAUGAGAUACAUUUUUUUGGUGACAAAACAGCAGAAGGUGGUAAUGAUCAUGAAAUUUAUGAAAGUGACUUAACUGUCGGACAUCGUGUUACUUGUCCAGGAGAUACAAUUAAGGAACUUAACAUCCUUAUUGCACUUAUUAAAGAGAGAAGGGAACGAGAAAAAUUGGAAACUUCAAUGCAAUGUGCAUAAUAUACUGAAUUUAAUAUAUUAAAUAUUUUAAUUAGGAAACCCAAGGAAUGUCGCAGCGACUCCUUGGACUUUACGCACUGUCGGGUUUCGCCAAUAAUAACAUUUGUGGAAGGGAGAAUCGAGGAAAGUUCAAAUAUAACGCAGUAACCUCAACCUAACCUUCAGUACCUCCAACGACGACGUCGCAGACGCAACUGGUUGCUGCAGAAAAUGAAAGGAAAAUAUACUUCACGACCUACUGAAAUUGUACGUGUAUUUAUACACUGUGCGCAACAUACACAUAGAUAAGAUUCAAACCUCCAUUUUGCGUC